AUGGCAGACUCAAGAAACAGUAAUGCUCGAGCGACUCCUUCUGGACCUAGGCAUACAUACGUCAUUGAUGUCAUGAAGUUCAUCUCACGUACGAGAGCUUUGUAUGCGCACUGGAAUGAGCACACUGAAGACCUAUGGGGAUCUGCGGACGCUCUUGCUGUAGCUACCCAUCCUGCUUCCAAUGAUCUUCGCUACCUUAAAUCCUCUGCUUUACAUAUUUGGCUUCUUGGGUAUGAGUUUCCCGACACUAUAAUGGUCUUCACCUCAAAGCACAUCUAUUUCUUGUGUAGCAAGAAAAGAGCAGCUCUACUUGAAGUUGUGAAACGACCUGCACAUGAUGAGUUAGGGAUUGAUGUUGUCAUGCAUGUAAAGGCUAAAGGUGAUGAUGGAACUGGGCAAAUGGAUGCCGUGUUCCGUGCCAUCCGUGAUGGAAAUGAGUCCCAAGUUGUGGGACACAUUGCUCGGGAAGCUCCUGAAGGUAAGCUUCUGGAGACAUGGACCGAGAGGUUAAAAAAUGCAAAGUUCCAGUUUGUUGACAUCACUGCGGGGUUGUCUGAUAUAUUUGCUGUUAAAGAAGAAACUGAGAUCAUUAAUGUGAAGAAAGCAGCGUAUCUAGCCUACAGCGUGAUGAAAAAUGUUGUUGUUCCAAGACUUGAGAAGAUCAUUGAUGAGGAGAAAGAUGUCACCCACUCUCAGUUGAUGAGUCUCACCGAGAAAGCUAUAAUUGAUCCAACGAAAGCCGAUUUUAAGCUGAAUCCAAAGUGUGUUGACAUAUGCUACCCUCCUAUAUUUCAAAGUGGAGGCCAGUAUGAUCUCAAGCCUAGCGCUGUAAGCAAUGAUGAUCUGCUCACUUACGAUCCAGGGAGCAUUAUUAUAUGUGCUGUUGGUGCUCGGUACAAUAGUUAUUGCUCUAACGUCGCCAGGACCUACCUAAUAGAUGCAACUAAUCUCCAGAGCAAGGCUUAUGAGGUUCUUCUCAAAGCACAUGAGGCUGCUAUUAAUGCUUUGAGGCCAGGAAGAAAGUUAAGCACUGUCUAUCAUGCUGCACUUUCAGUGGUUGAAAAGGGAGCUCCGGAGUUGGUUGAAACGCUAACUAAAUCUGCUGGGACUGGUAUUGGUCUUGAGUUCCGAGAGUCUGGAUUAAACAUCAAUGCAAAGAAUGAUAAAGUGUUGAGACCACAGAUGGUGUUUAAUGUCUCACUUGGUUUCCAGAACUUGGAAUGUGAGACGGAGAGCCGCAGCAAGAAGAAGAAAUUCUCACUUUUUCUGGCUGAUACGGUUAUUGUUAAAGAUGAGGAUCCUGAGAUUUUGACGGCCAAGUGUUCCAAGCUAGUGACAGAUGUGAGUUACGACAAAGAAGAGAAGCCUAGGAAGAAGGCAAGGAGGACCAGCGGUCCUGAGAACUUCAUCAACAAGACAUCUCUUAGAUCAUAUAAUCAUGUGGUCACGAAAGGUGAGCUGCAGAUGCGGAAGCAGCACCAGGCAGAGCUUGCACGCCAGAAGACUGAAGAAACUGUCAGAAGGCUUGCUGGUGACAGCUUCGGUUCUAGUGCAAAGAUUUCAACUGAUUCGGUUGCCUACAAGAACGUUAACGAUGUGCCUCAACCUCGAGAUUUGAUGAUCCAGGUUGAUCAGAAGAACGAGGCUGUAUUGUUACCCAUCUAUGGUAGCAUGGUUCCAUUUCAUGUGUCAGCGAUAAGAAAUGUGUCGAACCAGCAGGAUAGCAACCGGAACAACUACAUCCGUGUCAUUUUCAGUGUCCCGGGUGCACCCGUAAUAACUUUGAAAAACCAAGGUGCUAUAUACCUCAAAAAGGUUUCAUUCCGGUCCAAGGAUUCAAAGCAUAUCAGUGAAGUGGUUCAGACCAUAAAGACCCUGAGACGGCAAGUCAAUGCUCGUGAGUCUGGAAGAAUUGAAAGGGCGACACUGGUGAACCAGGAGAAGCUUCAGCUUGCAGGAAACAAGUUCAAACCCCUCAGGUUGUCUGGUCUGUGGAUCCGCCCGCAGUUUAGUGGUCGCAAGCGGAUUCCUGGGACACUUGAAGCUCAUACCAAUGGUUUCAGAUACUCAACAGCUAGAGCUAAUGAGCGGGUAGAUGAACUGUUUGCAAACAUAAAGCAUGCCUUCUUCCAGCCGGCUGAGAAGGAGAUGCUCAGCAUCUUGCAUUUCCACUUGCACAACCACAUCAUGGUAGCAAACAAGAAGACAAAGGACGUCCAGUUUUACGUGGAGGUGAUGGAUGUUGUGCAGUCUCUAGGCGGUGGAAGGAGUUCAUCAGUCUAUGACUCAGACGAGAUUGAGGAAGAGCAGAGGGAGCGGGAUAGGAAAAACAAGAUCAACAUGGAUUUCAAUCAUUUCGCAACCUGGGUCAGUGCCACGUGGCGGGGACUUGAGUUUGAUCAACCGUUGAGAGAGCUUGGUUUCUCUGGUGUCACGGACAAGGCACAUGUUUUCAUCAUCCCGGCGUCAAGCUGUUUGGUUAUGCUCACUGAAACCCCGUUUUUGGUGGUUAGUUUGAGUGAGAUUGAGAUUGUAAAUCUCGAGAGAGUUGUGUUUGGGCAUAAGUACUUUGACAUGGCCAUAGUCUUCAAGGACUUCAAGAAAGCUGUGCUCAAGAUUAACUUAAUCGACACAACUUCUCUGGAAGGGAUAAAGAAGUGGCUUGACGCUGUCGAUUUAAAGUACUACGAGAGCAAAGUGAAUCUCAACUGGAGACCGAUUCUCAAGAAAAUAACGGAUGAUCCUCAUGGAUUUAUAGACGAUGGAGGAUGGGAGAUUUUGAACUUGGACGGAAAGGAUUCAGAAUCUGAGGAGUCAGACCAAGCAUAUGAGCCACCAGAAGCAGAGUCUGAGUCUGAGUCGGAGGAUGAGGAUUCUGAGAGCGAGCCAAAUGAUGAAGAAGAAGAAGAAGAAGACUAA